AUGGCUGCCACUCUCUCUCACUCAGCACACGCGAUACACGCGCAAACGGCAAGCCCGAUCCACGACGCUCCUGCCUACGAAAACGCCGACCUGCAACUUCACCCAACAACCCCACAACCGCUAUCACACGACUCUGCUCACCACCUUCAAUCUAUCACUUCCGCUAUCAUGGACACCGAAGACCAUCUUACUCCAGAGCCUGCAAUCCCUCGCAGCCCCAGCUUUCCUUCAGGUCGUCCUUCUCCUCUCAUCCACGACGACUCCAACAUGGAGGGCGCCGAAGGAACUGCCGUCAACCCUCCGCUUGCAGUCAACCCUUGGUUACAGCCCGUUCAACCCAUAUUUGAUGGUCGAAACUCACCCCUUCAUAACACACCCACUACCUCCGUCAACAUCGUCGACGUCCCAAACGCUGUCGACGCACCACCGCUUGCGCCUGUACAUCCAUCGCUGCCUAUCGAUCUGUAUCCCGGCACUCCCCCUCCGCCCCCAGCAUUAGCGCCCGCUCCUCGUGCGGCAGCCGAGGACAGCGAGGAAGAGGACGACGAGGAUGAUGAUAGGAGCCACAUCAGCGACGAGCGGGCAAGAAGUUUCUAUCCUUUCAACGAAGAUACGACAGUUCCCGACGCCGAAGAAACCAGAAUUAUGCAAGGAUACGUCGAGAACAGUGCUCUAGAUGACAAGCAUUGGCAAUCAAGGACCUUCUUCGACUUACAAGACCCGGAACUAGUCCCGAAAGAGCAGGGCAAGAUCGAGUGGACUCUCAACGACUUCAAUGGCACAAAAGAGAAUCCCAGAAAGAAUCUCCUCAUCACAUCGCCGACCGUCCGCAUUGGCGGCCACGAUUGGAGGAUCAAGUUGCUCCCACACGGCAACAUGCAUACCGAUAGACUCAGUCUGUACAUCGAAAAUGUUUCUGUCCAGUCGUCACCGCCGGAGGAAUGGCCCGCGGACAAGCUGCCCCUGCCUUUGUCAGGCGAUGCCAAGGUCAUGAGACGUACAACUGUUGCUGCGCAGAUAUCCAUUGUUAUCUACAACCCCGAAGAACCUCGCGUGAACGAGUUCAAGGCAGACGCUUCUCAGUUCUCUCAAGACUCACCUGACCACGGCUGGACUCGCUUCACGAGUCUGCCUUGGUACGAAAUUCAUCGUCGCUCUUAUGCUCAGCGACAACCUCUCCUUCGCAAUGAUACUCUAGCCAUCAAAGCAUUCAUCCGCGUGAUCGAUGACCCUACCGGCUGCCUGUGGAGUCCUAAAGACUCGCAACGGUUGGCUUUGACCGGCUUGCAACCCUUCUUUGGUGAUUUCGAGGCCUGCGCAUUGUAUCCUGUGUUGGCCUUGUGGCUGCAUCUGCGUCCAUUCCGUCGGAUGCUCUACGAUCUCAGCUCUACCGACCGCUUUACCAAGCAAGAUGACAGCAUAAUCACUCACCUCCAAUCCAUCCUGUGGCGCAUGCGAUCUAGAGUCGGUUGGAUCAACAAGAAUCCUCGUGCACCUCAUGUUGGUGACUUUGUUGCGGACUUCUUCUCCAAACGCGGCGCCUCGCAUACUAUGGAUGCCAUGCAGGCUAUGGAGUCUCUAUUCGUCGACAUGGAAGACAGGCUAAAAGUCAACAAAAAUGCCCUUGGAGGACUAUACAAUCUGUUCGGGACGGAUUCGUUCUCUGGUAAUCGGCGUUGUAAACAAUCAAUCAUCGGCAAAACGUCAAUCCAGGAGAUUGUCGACCAAGGCUUGCCAGAGAUACUACUCGAGAAUGAGGUCCUGACUCUUGAGCUCGAGCGCCAAGUAUUCGACUCAAAGAAGCGGGUAUGGAAGAAACUCCUCAACAAAGUGCGUCUAGACGACCAGAUCACGAUUGGCCGCCGCUCCCGCCGCUCUACGUACACUCUCUACGGAUUCAUCACCCAUGAAGGCUACCUACGCGCCGGCAAGUACUCGAGCUAUUUUCGCCCUGGCGGGCCUGGAGGCCUUUGGUAUACGUACAUGCACAACAAGGAUCCAGCGUGCCAGACCAGAGCACAGGCUGUUGGAACAAAAGAGGGUGUGUUUCCACCGAAAGCCGUCGAGGAGCCGUUCACGCCUUCCGACCGUCCCCUAAAUUAUGAUCAUGUUCCAGGCCAAGAUAGUGCGGUAGCAUAUGUGGUCAUCUAUGUUCGCAGUCCCGACACUUUCGAGCUGGGUGCGAAGGAGUCAUGGGCCGUGCCCGAGUGGAUCCCCAAGAUGUACGGCUCUCAGUCAGGCACUACUAACGGUGAGGACGACACUCUGCAUUACGGAGACACAGAUGACGAAGACGAGGAAAUGAACGACCUUUCCGAAGGGUCUGUACAGUCUGACGAGACUCUGAGCAAUAUCACGAUAGACUAUAUCUCGCAACCAUACUACCAGGGGCAAGUCAACAACUUCGGCCAAUACCACGGCUACGGCCACAUGAUUUACCUUAACGGCAACGAAUAUUCUGGUAACUUCAGACAUCAUCAGCGUUCAGAGUACGGCAAGAUGGCGUACGCGAAUGGGGAUACCUAUGAUGGCCAGUGGGCCAUGGGUCGACCACAAGGUCAUGGCAAUUACACAAGCCACCGUACCGGCAACGUCUACACUGGCAAUUGGGAGAACGGCAAAAAAUCGGGCACAGGUACCACAUACCACAAGAUCAGCGAAGACGAGGCCAAGCUGUGCAGAAUCUGCUACUCCACGGAAGUCAAUGCUGCCUUCUACGAAUGCGGACACGUGCUUGCGUGUGUCGAUUGUGCGAAGAGGAUGGAAGAGUGCCCCAUCUGCAAACGCAGGAUCAGGGAUGUGCUCAAGUUGUACCCUUUGGUUGAUUGUGAGCAGAACUGA